AUGAGCUCAUCAACGACGGAAGCGCUUUCUUUAUGCUCGUUGACAUGGAGAAGUCAGUCCAACAGCAGUAUCGUGGACAGUAACACAUCUUCAGUUCAAUUCGAGACAGCAUCGGGCGAAAGACCGCGAACUGAGGCUGGAUCAGAUCCACCUGUCAGCAAUCAACGCAGUGCUUCUUCCCGCAAGCGAAAAAACUAUGGUCCAUCAGAUAUGAUCAAAGUAUUCGUGCCAGUGUCCAUAUGUAUGCUACUCGUCGUGACCUGCACUAGAAAUAUAGAGAUCUACAAAGGGGAUGAUAUUAUAAAGACGCUAUAUGUUGUUUAUCACGAUCCAAAGGCAGAAGCUCCCACAAAAAUCUGGCACUCUCUGGUGAACGCGGGUGUUUUCCUGUUAAUAGUCGCCAUCGCUACAUUUGGAAUCGUAGCUCUUUUUUACUACAAAUUUUACAGAUGCCUAAACUUCUUCGUUAUGUUUUCCACAUUCAUGCUGAUUACUUUGGUAUCGCUAAUGCAGUACUAUGAGAUAUUGCGUGCUAUAAAUUAUCCGCUUUCAUUGCCAUUAGUGCUAUUUCUCCAUGGAAAUCUAGCAGCUGUUGAGUUAAUGUCAAUUUUUUGGAAAGGCCCAAUGAAGGCACAGCAGGGUACUUUGAUCCUCAUGGCGGCUAUGGUGACACUCACAAUAAUGCGUAUAUUUCCAAAAUGGACUAGUUGGGCAGUGCUAAUAGCGUUGGGCUUUUGGGAUCUCUUUGCCGUGCUCUCUCCCUGUGGCCCUUUGAAGUUGCUCGUGGAAACAGCUGAAGAGCGUGGCGAAGAUCUCAUGCCUGCAAUCAUCUACACUGGAAGUGCAACUUUACCAAAGACGGACUUGACGCAAUCGAGUGUUGAAAGUGAGCCAAAUGAGCAGAGAAGCUCUCGAUCACGAUCUAAAGGUGUCAACUCGCUUCGAGCAUUCAGCAUAAAAAGUUCUGAAGGAGACGAGAGAAAUAUCCGGCUUGGAUUAGGCGACUUUAUCUUCUACUCUCUGUUGGUUGGAAAUGCGUCAGUUCUAGCUGAUUGGACAACUACACUUUCGUGCUACGUCGCUAUCGUCAUGGGACUCGGAUUCACCCUUAUGCUUCUAGUAGUGUUUCAAAAAGCACUGCCAGCCUUACCAAUAUCGAUAGCUUUCGGAGCAAUAACCUUCUUCAGCUCAAAGUUUGUGACCUCGAAGUUUGUCGAGGAGAUCUAUAGAAAGCCAGUUUUCCUUUGACAGAAGUCCAAGUGUUUUUUGAUAAGUGAACGUAACAAUAUGCGUACCUCUAUAAUUAAUGAAGUUCCACAUGGU